GCUCAUCCUGCGACGCUUUGAACAGUCUACACUUGCUCUGGUGCUGUGGUCGUUACAACCCAAUUGGCAUUCGUCUUGCCUGCAGUUGCAUAACGCUGUUUUCGAAUUUCUACGCUAUCCCACGACUCCUUUACCGCCACCUGCCCAUCAUGCCCAGUCCCUUGAGCCUUCUCUACUACGUCGGCCACCCUGGUGAAUUGCGCUCCAUCAUUCAAUGGAAAGUUUGGCACAAUCCAGUACACGAGCGCGACGAAGCCAAAGAAACCGAGUCCCUGAAGCGAUGCUUCCACUUCCUCCAUUUGACCAGUCGAAGUUUUACCGCCGUCAUCCUCGAAUUGCACCCCGAGCUUCUGGUGCCUGUCACGCUAUUCUACCUGGCCCUGCGUGGUCUGGAUACAAUCGAGGAUGAUAUGACGCUCCAUCUACAGAAGAAGGAGCCUCUUCUGCGCAACUUCCAGGAAGUUCUGGAGCAGGACGGUUGGAACUUCACGGAGAAUGGCCCCAAUGAAAAGGAUAGGCAAUUGCUAGUCGAGUUUCACGUGGUCAUUGAGGAAUAUAAAAAGCUCAAGCCAGCCUACAAAGACAUCAUCAAGGACAUCACAAAGCGCAUGGGUAACGGAAUGGCAGACUACGCGAAAAACGCCGAGUUCAACGCCGGUGUCAAGACGAUCAAGGAAUAUGAGCUGUACUGCCACUAUGUCGCUGGCCUGGUUGGCGAGGGGUGCACGCGCCUCUUCGUUGAGGCUGGACUGGCAAACGAAGCGCUGCUGAAGAAGCCGGAGCUCAUGGAGUCUAUGGGCCAGUUCCUCCAGCAGGUCAACAUCACGCGCGACAUCAAGGAGGAUUUCGACGACGGACGCCGAUUCUGGCCCAAGGAGAUUUGGUCCAAGCACGUCGACAAUUUCGAAGACCUGUUCAAGCCGGAGAACAAGCAGAAGGCGCUGAACGCCAGUUCAGAAAUGAUUUUGACGGCCUUGACCCGCGCCGACGACUGCUUGUACUACCUGGCUGGUCUUCGAGAGCAGAGUGUGUUCAACUUCUGCGCGAUCCCCCAAUCCAUGGCCAUUGCGACGCUGGAGGCUUGUUUCCAGAAUUACGCUCUUUUCCAGAAGAACGUCAAGAUCACCAAGGGGGAGGCGUGCCAAUUGAUGGUUGAGUCGACACAGAACCUGCAGCUCGUCUGUCAGGUUUUCAGGCGGUAUGCUCGCAAGAUCGCCAAGAAGAACAACCCGCACGAUCCAAACUUCCUGAAGAUCAGCAUCACAUUGGGAAGAAUUGAACAAUUCAUCGAAUCGAUAUUCCCAUCGCAACAGCCACCCGUCGACCGGAAAGCACCAGCUACAAUAGAAGAAGCGGCGAAGAAGCGCAAGGAGGACUCGGAAGCCAACUGGGAUUUGAUCUAUGUCGUUGCAGCUGUGGUUGGAACUGUUCUUGUCAUGACGACGCUCAUGCUGGGCAUUGCAUGGCUUGCAGGCGCCCGUUUCGACAUUGCCUGGUCCCAAGCGAGACAGGACAUCAGCAAGGUUCUCAACAUGGGUGCCAGUCAGGCACCUGCGCAAGUCACGCAGGUCCUGGAGACUGUUGUGGAAAAGAGCGAACUUUAGCUUUAUUUUGUUUCACGAUAAUGCCCAUGUGUACUAUAUUAGCCCCUGAUGAGCCAAGGCCAGUAUAGAGUUUGAUAGUACUAAUUUUAAUCCUGCAC